AUGGUGAUAUACGCUUCGAGGCUGAGUCCCGGCUUGUUGCGGAGUGUCAGAUCCGUCACAUGUUCAACGAACAGAAUAUACAACAAACAGCGGCCGGGAGUCACGCCGUUGAAACCACUUCAGAUUCGAUCACUGGCAUUCGCUAGCGAACCAAUAUCCAAAGAAAAGGAACCUUCGCAAUCAGCAUUACCACCAUCUCCCCCUCAGCCGCGCGAAACACACCACUCUGCACCGUCCAUCAAGGAGAAACUCCCAGACCCAGAACAGACACCUUUUCGAUUUCGAGAAUUCGAUCUACACGACAAAGUCUUUGUCGUGACAGGUGGUGGCCGAGGGCUGGGUUUGACUCUGGCAGAAGCCCUCGUAGAAGCAGGUGGUAAAGUGUACUGCCUCGACAGACUGGCCGAGCCGGAAAAGGAAUUCCGAGUGGUACAAGAACGCCUGGGACCCAAAUACGGAGGCGGGUUGUUCUAUGAUCACGUCGACGUCCGAGAAGCCGGCAACCUGGACCGGGUGAUAUCCGAAAUCGCCGAGCGACACGGUCGGAUGGACGGGUUGAUCGCCAACGCGGCGGUCCAGAACGUGACCCCGGCGUUGGACUACACCCCCGAAAAGAUCAUGGAGAUGCUCGACGUCAACUACAAGGGGGUGUACCGAUCGGCCGUCAGCGCCGCCCGGCAGAUGAUCAGGUACAACUGUAGCGGCUCGAUUCUCCUGGUGGCCAGUAUGAGCGGUCUGGUGGCGAACAGGGACUUUACUUCGUCAGUCUACAACUCCUCAAAGGCGGCCGUGUGUCAACUCGCUCGCAGCCUUGCCAUGGAAUGGGGCAAGAUCGUCAACGGUCGGCCUAUUCGGGUGAAUGCUUUGUGUCCAGGAAACAUCAUCACACCAAUGGUCUUGAAGAAUUUCGAAGAUCAACCUGAACUGAAGGAGAAAUGGGAAAAUCAAAACAUGUUAGGUCGAUUAUCUGAACCCCGAGAGUACAGAGGAGCAGCACUACUGUGUCUGAGUGACGCCAGUUCUUUCAUGACUGGUUCAAAUCUCGUCAUCGACGGAGGAUACACUGCAUGGUAA